CUGUGGGGAGAAACUGACGCCCUCCGACUGCUGCGAUCCACAUUAGUGUUAUUAGCGGCGGAGUUCCGUCCUGGACCUGCGUUCAAAGGGGAGACAGCGGUCAACAGUCCCAAACUAUUGGAACACUGUUGCGGUGGACAGGCAGACGUUGCGUUGCUGUGUGUUGAGCCGACCAUCAGGAUGAGGCCUGGUCAGCUGUGUGUCCUGGUCCCAACCUCCACUACCCUCCUCUUCCUCCUGGUCCUAUCAGGACCGUCUCAGACCAGCGCCUGUAACAAGGCCCUCUGCGCCUCCGACGUCAGCAAGUGCCUCAUACAGGAGCUGUGCCAAUGUCGUCCGUCCGAUGGGAACUGUUCAUGUUGUAAGGAGUGUAUGCUGUGUCUGGGGACACUGUGGGAGGAGUGCUGCGACUGUGUUGGGAUGUGUAACCCUAAGAACUACAGUGAUACUCCAGCCACCUCCAAGAGCACAGUGGAGGAACUCCAUCGACCAAUCCCCUCGCUGUUCCGAGCCCUCACGGAGGGCGACGCCCCUAUCAACAUGAUGGUGGUGUCCUUCCCCGUUGCAGAGGAACUAUCUCACCAUGAGAACCUGGUCUCCUUCCUAGAGACGCUUGAUGACCAGCACCAGAACGUAUCGCUCCCCGGCAACAGCAUCCACGCCAGCUACAACACUCAAGAUAACAUGUGUACGGUGGUCUACUUUGACGACUGCGUAUCCAUCCGCCAGUGUAAACUAUACUGUGAGUCGAUGGGAGGGUCGAAGUACCGCUGGUUCCACAACGCCUGCUGUCAGUGCAUCGGCCCGGAGUGUCUGGACUACGGCAGCAAGGCUGUUAAGUGCAUGAACUGUCUGUUCUGAAGACUGGUGGUGGAUGGAUCUAUGGUGGUGGAGACUGGGCACCAAAUAUAUGGACCAAACUAAUGGGUGGCUCCAGGGAGGGGCUAGAUGAUGCUGAAGCCUCCUCAAAAUAGCGUAGCACCACCAAGCAAUAUUUUAUUAGUACAUGCACACCAUGUAUUACAGGCACCCCUUACACAACAACCAAGCUACCCCUUAGCUACCCCUUAGCUACCCCUAAGCUACCCCUAAGCUACCCCUAAGCUACCCCUUAGCUACCCCUU